GAGCAGCAUGAAGUGUCUGGUUACGGGCAGCAACGUGAAGGUGCUCGGCAAGGCCGUCCACUCCCUGUCCCGUGUCGGGGACGAACUCUACUUGGAGCCCCUGGAAGCCGGGCUCUCCCUCCGGACCGUGAACUCCUCCCGCUCGGCCUAUGCCUGCUUCCUCUUUGCCCCGCUCUUCUUCCAGCAGUACCAGGCGGCCACCCCUGGUCAGGACCCGCUGCGCUGUAAGAUCCUGAUGAAGUCGUUCCUGUCAGUCUUCCGCUCGCUGGCGAUGCUGGAGAAGACCGUGGAGAAAUGCUGCAUCUCCCUGAAUGGCAGGAGCAGCCGCCUGGUAGUUCAGCUGUACUGCAAAUAUGGGGUGAGGAAGACUCACAACCUGUCCUUCCAGGACUGCGAGUCCCUGCAGGCUGUCUUCGACCCAGCCGUGUGCCCCCAUGUGCUCUGUGCCCCAGCAAGGGUCCUGGGGGAGGCUGUUCUGCCCUUCCCCCCUGCGCUGGCCGAAGUGACGCUGGGGAUUGGCCGUGGCCACAGGAUCAUCCUGCGUAGCUACCAGGAGGAGGCAGACAGCGCCGUCAAAGCCAUGGUGACAGAGAUGAGCAUCGGCGGGGAGGAUUUCCAGCAGCUGCAGGCCCAGGAAGGGGUGGCCAUCACUUUCUGCCUCAAGGAAUUCCGGGGGCUCCUGAGCUUCGCCGAGUCAGCGAACUUGUCUCUCAGCAUUUACUUCGAUGGCCCUGGCAGGCCAGCCAUCUUUGCCAUCAAAGACUCUCUGCUAGACGGCCACUUUGUCCUGGCCACCCUCUCAGAGCCGGACCCGCGCCCCCAGGACCUGCAUGCCCCGGAGCUCCAGCGGCCAGCGCCUCAGCUUCAGGCCCACAGCACGCCCCACCUGGACGACUUUGCCCUUGAUGACAUUGACUCCUACAUGAUCGCCAUGGAAACCACUGUGGGCAGUGAGGGCUCACGGACACUGCCCUCCACCUCCCUUUCACCUGGCUUCCAGCCCCACUGUAGCCCUGGCUCCCACUCAGAGGAGGAAGAUGACACCGAGCCCAGCACAGUGCCUGGGACUCCCCCACCCAAGAAGGUAGGGGCUGGCUGGAGACACAGGCCGGGAUGGGAGGCGGAGGGAGCAGCCUCCAGAGUUCACUCGCUUCCUCUGUUUUCUCGCCAGUUCCGCUCGCUGUUCUUUGGCUCCAUCCUGGCCCCUGCACACUCUCCCCAGGGCCCCAGCCCAGUGCUGGCUGAAGACAGCGAGGGGGAAGGCUGA